GCCGCGGUAGCUCAAUAUGGAGUAACAGCGUAGGCUCGACAACGACGGGAGUACAAAGAACAACCCGCUUUGGAUCGAAAUUACAUUAACAAGGAAUAAGGGAUCACUUCAAAUAAUGAGAUACGACAUUGCAUAUACACAAUCAACUUGAAGGGAAUAAAAUAGACUUUGCAAUUUCUAUUUAUUAUUGAAAAAUGGCGAACGAGUCUCCAGCUAAAAGUCUAGUUGACAUAGACCUUGCCUCUUUGCGGGACCCAGCUGGUAUUUUCGAACUGGUGGAAGUGGUCGGCAAUGGCACGUAUGGACAAGUAUACAAGGGCCGACAUGUCAAGACAGGGCAACUGGCGGCCAUCAAGGUCAUGGAUGUCACAGAGGAUGAAGAAGAGGAGAUUAAACUUGAGAUUAAUAUGCUGAAGAAGUACUCCCACCACAGAAACAUAGCCACCUAUUACGGAGCCUUCAUCAAGAAGAGCCCACCAGGACAUGACGACCAGCUAUGGCUGGUUAUGGAGUUCUGUGGUGCAGGCUCCAUCACAGACCUGGUGAAGAACACCAAGGGCAACACACUGAAGGAGGACUGGAUCGCCUACAUCUCCCGUGAGAUCCUCAGGGGGUUGGCUCACCUGCAUGCCCACCAUGUGAUCCACCGUGACAUCAAGGGCCAGAACGUGCUGCUGACUGAGAACGCUGAGGUCAAACUUGUGGACUUUGGUGUGAGCGCCCAGCUGGACCGGACAGUGGGCCGGAGGAACACCUUCAUCGGGACACCCUAUUGGAUGGCGCCCGAGGUCAUUGCCUGCGACGAGAACCCAGACGCCACCUACGACUACAGGAGUGACUUGUGGUCCACUGGAAUCACAGCUAUAGAGAUGGCUGAGGGAGCUCCUCCGCUGUGCGAUAUGCAUCCAAUGAGAGCGCUCUUCCUCAUCCCCAGAAACCCUCCUCCUCGACUCAAAUCAAAGAAAUGGUCUAAGAAGUUUUGCAGCUUCAUUGAAGGCUCCCUGGUGAAGAACUAUACCCAGCGCCCACCCACCGAUCAGCUGCUGAAACACCCCUUCAUCAGGGACCAGCCCAACGAGAGGCAGGUCCGCAUCCAGCUCAAAGACCACAUCGACCGCACAAAGAAGAAGAGGGGGGAGAAGGAUGAUACAGAGUAUGAGUACAGUGGGAGUGAAGAAGAAGAGGAGGAAGCUCAGGAGCAGGAGGGGGAGCCCAGCUCUAUAGUGAACCAGCCAGGGGAAUCAACCCUGCGUAGGGACUUCAUCCGUCUGCAGCAGGAGAACAAGGAGCGCUCGGAGGCCCUGCGCAGGCAGCAGCUCUUGCAGGAGCAGCAGCUCCGGGAGCAGGAGGAGUACAAGCGCCAACUACUGGCAGAGAGGCAGAAACGCAUCGAGCAGCAGAAAGAGCAAAGGAGGAGGCUGGAGGAGCAACAGCGUCGCGAGCGGGAGAUGAGGAGGCAGCAGGAGCGUGAGCAGCGGCGCCGCGAGCAGGAUGACAAGAGGCGUAUGGAGGAGGUUGAACGCCGGCGUAAAGAGGAGGAGGAGCGCAGGAGGGCAGAGGAGGAGAAGAGGAGGGCUGACCGCGAGCAGGAGUACAUCCGUCGCCAGUUGGAGGAGGAGCAGAGGCACCUGGAGAUCCUGCAGCAGCAGCUGCUCCACGAACAGGCCAUGCUACUGGUGAGACCAAACUCUGCCGAUGAGAGGUACCGUAAGAACAUCCAAGGAUCUCCUCAGGCUGCCCAGGUUAAGGUCCAGCCCCCAGUUCCUCCCCGCGCCGCUGAGACCGUCGCUAAUGGAAACGCCCCCGUGGCCGCCCCGCCCGCCAUGCACAGACCCAUGGAAGCCCAGGUCCAGUGGUCCCACUUGGCCGCUCUAAAGAGCAGCAUCGCCACUCCCCCUGUCGUCUCACGCUCUCAUUCCUUCAGUGAGCCCAUCGUCCCUGGCUUUGCACACCUCAACCUGCGCUCUCAGGAGCAACACCAUCAACCUGCACCAUCACCAUCAUCAUCAUCGCUCGCACGCACUGACCUGCAGCCCCACCCCCAGCCUAGGGCCACUCCCCUCGAGAAGGCCCCCACAGACGUCUCCCCUCCCAGGGUUCCUGUGAGGACAACGUCCAGGUCUCCAGUACUGUCACGCAGGGACUCCCCUUUCCAUGGCAAUGCCACGCCUAGCAACCCGGUGAGCCAGAGGAAAGCCAGCAGUGCUGCAGCGGAGCCGCAUCUGCUGUGGGAGCGGGUGGAGAAGCUGGUCCCCAGGCCAGGCAGUGGUAGUAGUGGUAGUACUGGCAGUUCCUCUGGCUCCAGUAACUCCAGCUCUCACAGCGGCUCAGGGGAGAGAUUCAGAGCCCGCUCUUCAUCAAAGUCUGAGGGUUCUCCCCUUCAGCGCCCAGAGCAUGCUGGGAAAACCCCAGAGGAGAGGAAGGAAUUGGUCAGACCUAACCAACCGGUGGACCUGACGGCACUGGCCAAAGAGCUGCGUGCAGUGGAGGAUGUUCCACGCCCCCACAAGGUGACAGACUACUCCUCAUCCAGUGAAGAGUCGGGGACCACAGAUGAGGAUGAUGAUGAAGAGGUGGACCAGGAGGGAGGGGAGGAGUCUACCUCAGGACCAGAGGACUCUCGGGCUGUCUCUUCGAGGCUGAGCAACGGUGAGACGGAGUCGGUGAAGACUAUGAUCGUUCACGAGGAGGGCGAGAGUGAUGCUAAAACCACACCCUGUAAAGAUGGCACUCAGAUCGUCAGACCGAGUGCAGGUGACAGCAAAAAGCGACCUGUCCCCAGCCCUGGUCAAGGCCCUGUCCUUGGCUUUGUCCCCAGCCCCGGGCUGAUUCACCCUGCCCUCCAGGGCCACCCCGGUCUCCAAGGCCAUCAGGAGAGAAAUGGCUUUGCAGGCCGCAUUCACCUCCUGCCUGACCUGAUCCAGCAGAGCCACCACUCCCCCUCCUCCUCUGCCUCCUCCUCCCCCUCCUCCUCCAGCCUGACCAGCCCCACCAUGUCAAUGUCCCCCCAGAGCCCCCUGGACAAGCUCAGCAUGCUACUGGAGAGCCAUUCUUCCAGCAACAGCAUGCAGAAACACAAGUCCUCCUCCUCCUUCACUCCCUUUAUUGAUCCACGCCUCCUCCAGGUCUCUCCAUCCGGCGCCGCUCUCAAUAACCUGGCUUUUGGGAACGACGCUAGGCUGGCAGAGGCACUGAGGGCAGACCCGUCGCGUAAAGGCUCCGUGGUCAAUGUAAACCCUGUCAAUACACGACCACAAAGCGACACCCCAGAGAUCCGCAAGUAUAAGAAGAGGUUUAACUCUGAGAUCCUGUGUGCAGCACUCUGGGGAGUGAACCUCCUGGUGGGCACAGAGAGUGGUCUGAUGCUGCUGGACCGUAGCGGUCAAGGGAAGGUUUACCCCCUAAUCAGCCGACGCCGCUUCCAACAGAUGGACGUCCUAGAGGGACUCAACGUCCUGGUCACUAUAUCAGGCAAGAAAAACAAGCUGCGUGUUUACUAUCUGUCCUGGCUGAGGAACAAGAUCCUGCACAACGACCCUGAGGUGGAGAAGAAACAGGGCUGGGUCACUGUGGGAGACCUGGAGGGCGCUGUGCACUACAAAGUUGUGAAAUACGAGAGGAUCAAGUUUUUGGUUCUGGCCCUGAAGAACUCGGUGGAGGUCUAUGCAUGGGCACCAAAGCCCUACCACAAGUUCAUGGCUUUCAAGUCGUUUGGUGACCUGGUGCACAAGCCCCUGCUGGUUGACCUGACGGUGGAGGAAGGUCAGAGAUUAAAGGUCAUCUAUGGCUCCAGUAACGGAUUUCAUGCCGUCGACGUGGACUCGGGGGCAGUCUACGACAUCUACCUGCCCACCCAUAUCCAGACCAGUAUCCAGUCCCAUGCCAUCAUCAUCCUGCCCAACACAGAUGGCAUUGAGCUGCUAGUGUGUUACGAGGACGAGGGUGUCUAUGUCAACACCUAUGGACGCAUCACCAAGGACGUGGUGCUGCAGUGGGGCGAGAUGCCUACUUCUGUGGCCUACAUCCGUUCUAACCAGAUCAUGGGCUGGGGGGAGAAGGCCAUAGAGAUCAGGUCUGUGGAGACCGGACACCUGGACGGGGUCUUCAUGCACAAGAGAGCCCAGAGACUCAAGUUCCUGUGUGAGAGGAAUGACAAGGUGUUCUUUGCCUCGGUGCGGUCCGGAGGAGCCAGCCAGGUGUACUUUAUGACCCUGGGGCGUACCUCUCUGCUCAGCUGGUAGAGAAAGACCAUGCCCCCUCUACACUGGAAACCAACCAACCACGUUUUACCCAACGUUCAGUGAUGCCAACGGACAAAAGCCAACCAUCUCCGUCUUAGCUAUGACCUUCGACCCGGAGCAUCAUGUUAUAUUGAGGAUACAUACAACAUCCAGAUGCUGUCUCCCCAGCCGUGAAUACCAGAUAUGAGAAUUGUUCAAAAUUAAGUUAAUUGAUUAUAAAACAACAAAAAUAAAGGGGGAACGGUUUGCCCCGCUGUGGUGCUCAACUGAUUGUGGACACGUCUGUGCGGGGUCGUUGCCCUGAACACCUGUGACCUCUGUGUGUCGUUCCUAGUUACUGACUGUGCUGUGGGCUUGAAGUUUACUAACUACUCUCUGCAUCUUCUGCUCGUAUUUCAGGAACCCCCCUCCACCCCACCCUUUUCCUUGGCGAGGGAGGAGCAAGGGUGGAGCAUACAGUGUUAAUGCUACAGUAGUGUAUGUAAAUGUUUUUCUGUUUGGCGCAAUGAUUGCUGACUGCAAGGGGGCAGGGGGGGGGGGUUGAAGCUGUCUGUCAUGGAGGAGGCGGGAAUAGAGAAGUCAAGCAAGGGAGCCAAUUUGUUCUAUGCCAUGAUGACAGAAGGUGGAAGGGGCCAAGGCGUUUUACCGUAAAUCUGGUAGUAUCUGAGAGGACUCAGCUGGACUGUGUGUUGAUACAGUUAAGACAGCUACAGUAUUUUAAUGGGCGGGGUCAAAGAAAAGGGUUUUAUCCAGAUUCAGACUUCAGACUAGUAUUUUUUAUUAUAAAUUCCCUAAAAAAAGUGAAACUAUGUGGAGUUAAUAUUUAUUUUACCUUAUUUUCUAAAAUCACAUUUGCACAGUCUCCAGUUUGCUCAACCCACAACACAUUGAAGUGUUUUAGGAGUUAGAGCGAGUGGGUGGGUUAGAUAAAGGAAACAAUGUCUAUGUAUAAUAACAUUUAAUUUAAUCUCAUCCAUAGUUUCAGUGGUCAUGGUAGUGGAUCCCUCGGUGAUCCGGCUUGGACCAUCAGAGGGUCCAGGAUGGAGGACAUGGUCCGGAUGUGAAUAGACAGAUAUAAUAAAAGAGAGUGGAGGAGAAGGGUAAGGUGAUAGUAUAGUAUUGUGUGUGUGUGUGUGUGUGUGUGUGUGUGUGUGUGUGUGUGUGUGUGUGUGUGUGUGUGUGUGUGUGU